UGCAGAAGCAGAGAUACGGGAGCUUUGUCUGGUACCGCUGAGAGAAACAGCCCUAAAAAGGGCGUCUCGUUCACUGAAUCCCUGGACAGGAAAUAGCCAGACUAAAGUAAAUCUUUCGGCAAUCUGAAUUCGGCAGCGAAACUCCACUGGAGUCGUUAUUUCUCGCCCCAUCUGUGCGUUCUCUCCUAUUGGGAAUGGCGGACAACGAGAGGAGAAAAACAAUCGAAAGGCAAGUGGCGUUUCUCGUUCUGUUUCUUUGCAUGUGGGGCGUCGGGUGCGAGACGGCUCUCUACUCUGUGCCCGAGGAAAUGGAAAGCGGGUCCUUUGUGGCGAAUGUAGCAAAGGAUCUGAGACUAGACCCGAAGAGACUGUCCGCUCGCAGGGCCCGUGUGGUGUCUGAAGGCAGCCGCCAGCAUUUCCAGCUAGACAGAGACACCGGGGACUUGUUUAUUAAAGAGAAACUGGACCGAGAGGAGCUGUGCGGGCAAACUGACCCCUGCACGGUGCAAUUUAAAAUGAUACUGGAAAAUCCCCUGCAAGCCUUUCCCGCUGAGAUAAGAGUUUAUGACAUAAAUGAUCAUUCUCCUGAGUUCUCCGAACAGGAAUUUAUUUUAAAAAUCUUGGAAACGUCUGAACCUGGGUCUCGGUUUCCCUUGGACAAUGCCCAGGAUUUAGAUGUGGGAAGCAACAGCUUGCAGAACUACAGCCUUAGCAACAAUGACUAUUUCCAUGUUGAUACGCGGGAGCAGAGCACCGGCAGGAAAUUCGCAGAGCUCGUGCUGGAUAAGCUGCUAGACCGCGAGGAGCUGCCAGAGGUGAGUCUCUCGAGGUCUGGCACAGCACAAAUCCGUGUCACUGUCUUGGAUGCCAAUGACAAUUCCCCGGUCUUCUCUCAGGCCAUUUACCAAGCUCGAGUUCCGGAAAACAGCCCCAAAGAUCAUCCGAUUGUCACUGUUUCUGCUACUGAUUUAGACGAGGGAAAUAAUGGGGAAAUAGCCUAUUCUUUUAGCCAGAAAUCCAAAGAAAAUAGCAAAACCUUUCACAUACACGGACUGACUGGAGAAAUUCGACUCACAGGACAACUAGAUUUUGAAACGAUAGAAGCGUAUGAGCUAGAUGUUCGGGCUACGGAUGGCGGGGGUAUUUUCUCCCACACUAAAGUGCUUGUAGAGGUGGUGGAUGUAAAUGACAAUCCCCCGGAAGUUGAAUUAAUAUCCCUCAACAGCCCCAUACCCGAGGACUCGUCGCCUGAGACUGUGGUGGCGCUUUUUAGUGUCAGGGACCGGGACUCUGGGGACAACGGGAGAACAGUCUGCUCCAUAGACGAUGACCUUCCAUUUUCAUUGAAAACAACUUUCAGAAAUUCCUACUCGCUGGUGACUGAACACGCGCUUGACCGAGAGACAGUGUCGGAGUAUAACAUAACCAUCACCGCCAGGGACAUGGGAUCUCCCAGUCUCUCCACUGAAAAGACCAUCACCGUGAAAAUCUCCGACAUUAAUGACAACUCCCCGGUGUUCAGCCAAACGUCAUACACUCUGCACGUCCGAGAAAACAGCGGCCCCGCCCUGUUGCUAGGGCAGGUCCGUGCUUUUGAUUCGGACUCGGAGCAGAACGCCAAGGUGACAUACUCGCUCUUGCCUGCUGAGGCCGGUGGCCUUCCGCUGCUCUCCUAUAUCUCCAUCAACUCGGAGAACGGGAACGUGUACGCGCUGCGAUCCGUGGAUUAUGAGCAGAUCAGAGAGUUCCAGGUGCGGGUGCGCGCUGCGGAUGGCGGGUCCCCCCCGCUGAGCUCUGAAGCCACCGUCCGGGUUGUGAUCUUGGACGAAAACGACAACGCGCCCUUCCUGUUAUACCCCCUGCAGAACAGCAGCUCCCCCGCCAGUGAGCUGGUGCCCCGCUCGGCGGGGCCGGGUUACCUGGUGACGAAGGUGGUGGCCGUGGACGGAGACUCGGGCCAGAAUUCUUGGCUUUCCUACCAGCUGCUGAGGGCCACGGACCCCGGUCUCUUCACGGUGGCUUCCCACAAUGGGGAAAUCAGAACCACGAGGCUCAUAACAGAACGAGAUUCCAAGAAGCAGAAACUCAUUGUGGUUGUUCGAGACAGCGGCGAAUCGGCUCUUUCUUCCUCUGCAACUCUCACCAUAGCUCUGGUGGAUGGGUUUUCGGACGCACACCUGCAGUAUACCGAGGUCGCUGUGGAAGAGGAAGAGAAUGGCCCGUUAACGCUUUAUUUAGUCAUUUCCUUGUGCUUAGUGUCGUUUGGCUUCUUGGUUUCAGUGAUAAUAUUUAUAUGUAUCAAGCUUUAUAGAAGAAGGAAUUAUGGUGAAAAAUACGUGUCUGCUUCUGCCAAUGGCUACGGUGAUAGCAACUUCCAAACUAAUCUGGUAGAUGUGUCGGGCACCGGGACUCUGUCUCAGAGCCAUCGCUAUGAAGUCUGUUUAACGACUGGAUCAGGAAACAGCGAAUUCAAAUUCCUGAGGCCCGUUCUCCCCUCCUUGCCACCUGGGCAGGGCCCCCCUGGAACGGGCUCUGGGCGAGACCAGGACCUUCUUGCUAACUUUCACCUGAACCCGGACCUGGAGCCAGCGAAUCAGGUUAGAUUAACUUUCUCGUUCUCUAUAGUUUUUUAUUUGUUUGUUAUUUUUCUUAAUCAUUGGUUUAACGGAAGUCCGGAGUUUGAAGAAAAUAUUAUAAAUAUUUCACAAGUAUUCAGAACGGAACUCAUUUUUGUUCUUUUGGUUCUUGCAAAUAAGUUUCGGAUUGGUCUGUGUAUUUCAUGUUUCCUAGUCUGUGUUUUGGUGUAG